CACUACAAAUCCCUAACCUUCUUCCACAGCCCCCAGUCUCGCUGUGUCAUACACUAGAACGACAGUCACUUCUAUCUCCAGCGUCGCUGCCUCCUCUCAUCUGGUCUUCUGUCCCUCUCUCCGCUGCUGCUUUGCUCUCUUCUCACCCAGUCUCGGUUACUACGUCUAUACUCUCGCUCUAACCUCCGCACACCGCCUGCAAACUAUGCUGCUGGCACCGCAACGAAUACCUCCUCCUUCAGAAACUUAGGUUGCCAGUGCAAUUUAUCAAAUGGAUAUUAAUGGGCAUGGCGGUGAUGAGGAGAACGUGGGAGAUGCUGCAGAAAUAUAAAUAUAGUUAUAAGAAUUUUGCACUCUAACAACACAACAGUGAUGCAGUGCCUCUGGCGAAGUCAGUCACACGUUCAAGUUUAACAACUAUGCUCACAAACCCUUCUGCUGCUGUGCGAGCUUCCAAGGUAGCCCUUGUGCAUAGUUGUGCUCAUGCUCGCCGAAGAUCUGCUCCCAUACCACUUAAGGAGAAAGGGCUGAUCAUAAGACCUGAGAUUUGGUUUGUGAAGGUUGCCGCAACUCUUUUUGUUUGGUCAAACUCAUUGGAUAGAUUUUUUGGUUAUUUUAGUGAUCAUUUAACUCCUCCACUUGCAUUAGAGGUUAUCAAACGGCUGAACAAUCCCACCUUGCGUUUGAAGUUCUUUCACUUUAGUAGGGAAAGGUUGAACAUAUCUCACACAUACUUGACUUAUGAUGUGCUAUUAAGAUCCCUUUGUCAAGCAGGCCUUCACAAUUCAGCAACAUUAAUAUAUAAUUGUAUGAAAUCUGAUGGGAAAUUGCCUGAGAGUAAGCUGUUAGGAUUUUUGGUUUCUUCUUAUGCACUGGCAAACAGAUUUGAUAUGUCAAGGGAAUUACUUGCUGAAUCUCAUUCCAAUAAGGCACCUGUGAAUGCUAUUGUUUAUAAUAGCUUGUUGAAUGUAUUGGUAAAUCAAAAGAAAUUAGAUGAUGCUGUUUGUUUACUCAUGGAGCUUAUGAGAUUGCAACGUCAUCUAGAGACCUUCACUUUCAACAUUGUAAUGCGAGGUUUGUGCAGAGCUGGGGAAAUCAAUGAAGCUUUUAAGUUUCUCAAUGAUAUGAUUAGCUAUGGUUGUCAACCUGAUAUAGUUACAUAUAACACUCUUAUACAUGGUUUAUGUAUAAAUAACAAAGUCGAUAAAGCACGCGAUCUACUAAAAGAUGUUUCUUCAAAAACUGAUUUUGCCCCCAAUGUUGUAGGUUAUACAACAAUAAUAUCUGGUUAUUGCAAACUGGGUAAGAUAGCAGAGGGAACUUCUCUUUUUGAUGAAAUGGUUGAAUCUGGAAUUAGGCCUAAUACAUUUACUUAUAAUGUGCUUAUUCAUGGCUUUGCUAAGAUGGGUGACAUGGCUUCUGCAGUAGCCAUGCAUGACAGUAUGCUUUUUCACGGUUGUCCCCCUGAUGUUGUUACCUUCACCUCGCUAAUUGAUGGAUAUUGCCGAGCUGGGCAGGUGAAUCAUGGCUUGGACCUGUGGCAUGAAAUGAUUGCAAGAAAUAUUUCUCCGAAUUUGUAUACAUUCUCUGUGCUUACUAAUGCUCUAUGCAAGAGCAAUAGGCUACAAGAAGCUCAUGACAUUUUGAGGCUAUUGAAGCAAAGUGAAAUUGUUCCACAGCCCUUUAUCUAUAAUCCUGUUAUUGAUGGAUAUUGCAAAUCUGGGAAUGUUGAUGAGGCUAAUGCAAUUGUACUAGAAAUGGAGAAGUGCAAACCUGAUAAGUUGACAUAUACCAUUCUUAUUGUUGGAUAUUGUAUGAAGGGAAGAACACGUGAAGCAAUUGGCAUCUUUUACAAGAUGUUGGAAGCUGGUUGUUCCCCAGAUGACAUUACUGUUAAAACUUUAUGCUCCUGUCUUUUGAAGGCUGGAAUGCCUCGUGAGGCUGCUCAUAUUAGGAAAAUUCUAUUUGAGAACCAAAGCUUGGGCUUGUCACUGGAAAGAUCUUAUAAUGAAAAUAUAAAUGCAGAUAUGCCAAUUCUGGUUUAUUGAAGUUCUAGUUGCAAUUAGACUCUGCCUUGCAUCAUUUUCCCCUGAGAAAUACAAUCAUCUUGUUGCAUGUCACUAUUUUUGUAGAGAUUGUCAAGAGGGGAACUUGAAUUGCCAAUCCUUCCAACUUUCUGCUGAUUCUUUUGAACUUGUGGAGAUGGAAACAUGUGAAAAAUUGAGCAGGAAGGAAGUUUUUAGGCCUACAAUGUUGGUAAUAAUAAUGAUGGGAGAUGGUCGCCGAUAAAAUUAAUCAGCGCUGUUCUAACCGGAUCAAUAGCUAAAUGCGAUGAAACUAUAAGGCACUAAACCGAGAAAAUUAUAUUGAAAGGACCAAAACUGAAAUUUGAUGCAACUAUAUGGACCACAUAGAUUCCUUCCAAAACUUUUCUAAAGUUGGUUAGAUACAUGAUACAAAGCUAUGUUCUACGAUUGUUCACCAUCUCAUGCAUUCAAGCAAUUGUGAAUUCGAGACAUAAUAAAGCAUUUGAGUUGAAUAAUAUUGAGAAGUUAAGUAGGCCCCAAUCUUACAUUAUUGAUAAGUGGGAUAAAAGAAAGGAGGAAAAAUGAAAGGGUAUCAUGAGUUUGAGUUUCAUCCACUAUGGAGUUUUGUUGGUUCAUAGGGAUGAGCUUCUUACAAUAUUAUCCUUUAUAAUUUUUCUAAAGCAAGUACUAUAUGGUUGACGUAUGGAGGAUAUAGAUUUUAAUUUUAUUAGGAGGCACAUAUAUUGUAGGUCAACUAUGAUUCUAUUAGAACCUAUAACUUCACAAAAUUUCUCUACUUUCAUGAAUGAAGUCAACGGGUUUACUUGCAAGGAAUGUCUGAAUUGUAGUUUGUAGAACUUGCAUUCUAUCCUUGUUGCAUAUUAUUAUCCAUGCUAUUUCUGAACUUCAAAGCAAUAGGCAAUAACCUUUUGUAUCUCCAUCAAACUUCGAGAACCUGCUGUGGUGCUCAUCCAUCUCCUAUGAAAAAUUACAGAAUGGUUGAUGUUGAGCUGGCUAGCUGAUGCUGCUAGCUUACUUUAUCUGCUACAAUGCAAAUUGGGUUACCUUCAUAUACAGCCCAAGGGAAUAAAUGUCUCCUUAUUCAACCAUUUUUAAAUGUAACUGUUGGAGCAGCUUUUAUUACAUGGUUGUCAAACUUAAAUGAAAAGUUCCAUAUACAUUUAAAAAAAAAAAAUUUGUUAGUGUGAAUAUUUGUUGCCAUGAUUGCUGCUUCUAAAAUAUUUGCAUUGCCUGCAGAGAUGGAAGCCUAGGGUCCAUUUCAAAGGGCAUUUAAAGGUGUUAUACAGAAGGCUACUCACUAGUCUACUAUUUGUUAAUUGGAAAUGCUAUCCCUUGAUCAAAGAAAGUUUUUCACCCAGGAAUUGUGGUAGCUCCAUGGUGUAACAUGACAAUUGCCUUGCUAAUUAUGAGUAGGAAAGCUCCCAAGUUGUAGAAUUUUAUGAGAGCUCUGUAAUUGUGAUAAAGAAGACAAACUUAGGGUUAAAAAACUAAUGGAAGCAAGAAAAGCCCAUUCUCCUGGAAUCACUUGCGCUCUCCCACUCUGCUUAGUACUUGGAAGUAUUUGUAAAUUCAAAUCGACUAAUAUUCGUAGUAGGUUAUUCGAUUGCAGAAUAAAAAUAAUGCGGUUGAGUUUCUGAUCUUUGUUCUCUAAAUUUGUACACACCAAUCAAAUUUUGCUCUCAAACUAUUUUGGUUACGCCAUAUACAAACAUGAAUUGUGGUUAGGAGAGGCAUUCAAAUUACUUUUAGCUACUUACUCACACAAGGUGUCUUAAACUUUUUGUAUAACACAUUUCAUAAUGUUGCACGAAAUUUUUAAAUUUGUAU